UCUUCACUCAGGUGUGACGAAGUCAUCCACCUGGCCAGGUAAGAUUACUGCUCCUCAGACUGCCAGUGGCCACGUGACCCUGUUCAUUCCUACAGAUUUGAGGAGCCCGGCAAUUUCCUUCUGUUGCUCCUAAAAACAACCCGACUUCUUCAGAUCCAGUCGCAUCUUCAGCUAUGGAUAAAUUAAAAUCGGUUUUAAGUGGUGAAGAGGCGAAUAGAGAGGACCGAACCGUUUUGGAGACAGUGAACCAAGCCUCAACCUUAAGCUGGGCCACACGCGUGAAGGGUUUCGUGGUCUGUUUCGUGUUGGGCGCCGGCUGCACCCUUUUGGGAGUGGGUCUGCUCUUCAUCCCCAGGAUUGGGAUCAUUCUCUUCAUUGUCUUGUACACUUUUGGAAACGUAUGUGCUCUGUGCAGCACCAUGUUUCUGAUGGGGCCAGUGAAGCAGCUGAAAAGGAUGUGCGACAAAACACGAGCACUCGCCACCAUUAUUAUGAUUACUUGCCUUGUCUUGACUCUCUGCGCAGCCUUCUGGUGGAAGAACUUUGGCCUUUGUAUAUUAUUUUGCAUCUUGCAAAUUAUAGCAUUUACCUGGUACAGCCUGUCAUACAUCCCGUGUGCGAGGGAGGCAAUAUUGAAGCUGGUGGCUGUGUGUUUGUGCUGAAGGUUGAGUGAAGUGUUUCUUAAGAAAGGGGCAGGUCUCUUUCUGAAGCUGCUGAAACCGCCUACCUGUGCUUCUGUGACUCUUCUCUGCACAGCGAACAAGACACAUCUUAACUCAGCCAUGUUUCUAUUUCUUGUCUGUGCUUCCUUAAUUGAGCAGAUUCAUUGGUAUGUAUUGAUGUUUUUUUUCCAGUUUUAAUGAGUAGUUUCAUAGUUUUGUAAAUGAACACAUGACAUCCUUUCUGUUCUUUGUCACUGAGAGGAGUCGGUAUAAACAAAAGUAUGUUUAAGCUUCACAUGUCUUAAAACUGACCAGUAUGAACUGACAUUUGUCAGUCUAGUGAUGUUAAACAUAUUUCAUAAGUGUUCUGCUUUUAAAUAGUUUGAUAAUUUGAGCAAUGAUGUGAAGCAUAACACAGUGCACAAUCACUGGUUGAUCAGAAGUUAUAUAUAGAACCAUAGUCAAGGAGUUUCAGCAUGAAAAUGUUGCAGUUAAGAUUAGGAAUCAUAUCCACAUGUAGGCUGUGGUUCUGGUGGCCAAUAUGGUGUUUAGAAUUUUAAAAUAUCUUCUCUUUUAAGGAAGGGCUUUAAACGGUCUACGUAGUAACAGUUUAGCCAAACCUGGUGUUUAUUACCUGUCUUUGGUAAUUGUUAAAGAUUGUCUCCACUUUUUAUUGAAGGAAAUAAUCAGAAAUAGUGUUUGCAAAUUGACUUUGAUUGUUAUACACUUACAGUAUGUUUGCCACUGUGUUCAUUACCAUAACAUCCCUCUGUUCUGUUUGUAAGUCUACCUGGAACAUAGUAUGUCUAGUAUGAGUGUCUUUAGCAUUUACCAGUAUCAUAUACUCGUGUUUAUUCAGUGUGUGAACAAAGCAACAUUUUUGUGACAUCUAUCAGUGCAUGUUUUUGUUACACUGUAUAUAUUUAAUGAUAUUUGUUUUUAUGGUCCUGUAAAAGUUGUACAAUUGUAAUAGAUGGGGGGGAAAAUAAAGAAACUCAAAUAAGAUAAUAUAUUAAAAUA